CCCUGGUCUAUGUGGCUCGUCCUCGAUUCCGACCUUUUUUUCCUUUGCAUCCUUUCGGUAACACAGAAAAAUGGAAGGGAACAGUCCGCACGAGGCGAUUCCGAAGUCGCCGAGCACAUCUGUUGCUGCUGCUCUACGCUACUCCUCUCAGGCGGACCUGAGCAAGGGGUGGGAAGCGAAUGUGGUGCCUCUCGAGACUGAGGAAACAAAUGGGCAGCAUGAGCAACUGGAAACCCCCGCAGAAGCAUAUCAGUCAAAAUCGAGACUUGCAGCUAUUAUGGUUGGGCUCGCUUUAUCGUGCACACUGGUGGCGUUGGACAACACAAUACUAGCAACCGCAAUCCCAAAAAUCACAGCCCAGUUCGACUCCCUGGGUGACGUCGGCUGGUACGGGAGUGCCUUCCUCCUGACAAACUGCAGCGUGAGCCUGCUCUACGGGAAAUUAUACACAUUCUUCCCCGUGAAAUGGGUAUACAUGUGGGCACUCGCCGUCUUCGAGAUCGGAUCCCUCCUCUGCGGGGCAACACCGACCUCCGUCGGCCUUAUUAUCGGACGAGCUAUCGCAGGCGCUGGCGGCGGUGGCCUCUUCUCCGGAGCGAUGCUCAUCAUCGCCGAGUCGGCGCCGAUGCACCAGCGACCGAUCUACAACGGGAUCAUAAUAGCGAUCUUCUCUAUCGCGGGUGUUGCGGGCCCGUUACUCGGCGGCGCGCUGACGGAUAAUACGACCUGGCGAUGGUGUUUCUAUAUCAAUCUUCCUCUGGGGGCUGUAACGUCUUUGGUUAUCGCCUUCUUCCUAAAGGCAAAGAAGCCUGUUAAGACUAUUGCUGGGGUGAAGGAGAAGUUGGUGCAGCUGGACCCGGUUGGGCUUUUCUUUUUCCUGCCGUCCAUGAUCUGUUUGUUGCUUGCGCUACAAUGGGGUGGCACGGAGUAUCCGUGGAGUGACGCACGGGUUAUUGCUCUAUUCGUGGUCUUUGGAGUCCUGUUCCUUAUUUUUGUUGGCGUGCAGUGGUGGGAGCAGGACCAGGCUACCAUCCCCCCGAGAUUGUUCCAAAACAGGAAUAUCUGGGGUGCCUCACUCUAUAUUCUCUGUAUUAGUGCUUCGGUCAUGGCUUUGACAUACUACCUCCCAAUCUGGUUCCAAAGUGUAAGAAAUGCCACAGCCACAAUGUCCGGUGUAAUGAACCUCCCCAUGCUCAUCACCCUCGCAAUCUUCACAAUCCUCUGCGGCGCCCUCGUCACCGCAUUUGGCUACUACAUGCCCUUCAUGUACAUCGCGCCAAUCGUAAUGACAAUCGCCGCCGGUCUCCUCACAACCAUAACACCAGACUCCCGCCCCGCGCAAUACCUCGGUUACCAAGCCCUCUACGGAGUCGGCUGCGGCGCCGGAAUGACGCAGCCCAUGCUCGCCGUACAGGCUGCCGUUUCUUCGCUCGACGCACCCAGCGCGACGGUGAUUAUCGUUUUCAUGCAGACAUUAGGCGGCGCGCUGUUUAUCUCUGUCGCGCAGAAUAUAUUUCAUAAUAAGCUUUUGGUGCUGCUCGCCAGGGAGGCGCCGGACGUUGAUGUUGGGAAGGUGGUUUCGGCGGGGGCGACGGGAUUGAGGGCCGUUGUUGAUGAGGAUGCUUUGCCCGCUGUGUUGGACGCGUAUAGUGGUGCCAUUACGUAUUCGUUUUAUGUUGCUGUUGCGCUCGCUGGAAUUGCGAUUUUGGGGGCUUUGCCGAUGCAGUGGCUUUCGUUAAAGAAGAUUUCUUGACUCGUUACUGGCCUACCAGGAACAUAUCACCCUUUUUUUUCCCUUUUCCUCUUUCUUGUCAAGGGUAAAAUGAAUUAUGAGAAGGACCGUUCGAUACUAAUCAUAUUGGUGUCAUAUUGCUCGAAAACUAAGCUUAGGAAAGAGAAUUAUAAUACAGAGAAGACUUGAAGCUUUUUGGUGUGCGCGCAAACAUGUUGCACGUCUUUAGGCACCGG